GGCGACCACGUACUCCUAAGACGACGGGCGAAGCUGAUUAUUCUCUUCCUUCCAAGCUGACCAAUACCCAUGAUAUGAACAUUGAACCACGACUCUAAUCUCCCUACCACGAACACUCUCUUCCCCGCCUCGACCUACGCCGGCUUCCCUCGCUUCUCUGGUGUGCCCGCAGGUUGAUACACAAGAUGGCCUCCCAAACGCCAGCCGUUGUCAUGGACAACGGAACGGGCUUUUCCAAACUCGGGUUCGCCGGAAACGAUGCUCCCUCAUGGGUGUUUCCCACAGCUAUCUCAAUGAAAGGCGGCGCUGGGGGUGGAGCAGGAACUGGCUCUGGGAGACCAGCCGCACCCAGCAAACCUUCAUACCUUACUGGUGGCGCAGGACCAAGUUCCAACCUGGCAGGUAAACGUGGAACAGAAGACCUCGACUUCUUCAUUGGCGACGAGGCUCUUGCAGCUUCCUCUGGGCCAGGUUACAGCAUAAAUUAUCCUAUCAGGCAUGGUCAGAUUGAGAAUUGGGAUUAUAUGGAGCGUUUCUGGUCAAACUCGAUAUUCAAGUACCUGCGGGUCGAGCCUGAAGACCACUAUUUCCUACUCACCGAACCGCCUUUGAACCCUCCCGAAAACCGCGAAAACACCGCCGAAAUCAUGUUCGAAUCCUUCAACUGCGCCGGUCUCUACAUUGCAGUACAGGCCGUUCUCGCCCUGGCUGCUUCAUGGACAUCUUCCAAAGUGGUCGAUAGAUCCCUUACCGGCACGGUCAUCGACUCUGGAGACGGUGUCACCCACGUCAUUCCAGUCGCUGAAGGUUAUGUCAUUGGUUCUUCAAUAAAAAGCAUACCCAUCGCUGGUCGAGAUAUCACAUACUUCGUGCAAAGUCUGUUGCGAGACAGGGGAGAGCCCGACAGCAGCCUGAAGACGGCGGAAAGAGUCAAAGAAGAAUACUGUUAUGUCUGUCCCGAUAUGGUCAAGGAGUUUGCACGCUACGACAAGGAGCCCGAUCGCUUCCUGAAACAUACCGUCACCUCUCCCAACGGCAGGUCAAUUACCGUCGACGUCGGCUACGAACGAUUCCUUGCCCCAGAAAUCUUCUUCAACCCCGAAAUCUACUCCUCCGAUUUCCUGACUCCUCUGCCGACGGUCGUGGACGGGGUCAUCCAAUCCUCUCCGAUCGAUGUGCGAAGAGGCCUUUACAAGAACAUUGUCUUGUCCGGUGGUUCAACUUUGUACAAGGACUUUGGCCGGAGGUUGCAGCGUGAUAUCAGACACCUGGUGGACGCACGUAUCCGGGCAUCAGAACUGAAAAGUGGUGGCGCCAAGAGUGGUGGUUUAGAAGUACAGGUCGUAACUCACAAGCGACAAAGACAUGGACCUUGGUUCGGCGGUAGUCUGCUGGCAUCCACUCCCGAGUUCCGAAGCUAUUGCCACACCAAGGCCGAAUAUGACGAGAUAGGACCUAGCAUUGUGCGAAGAUUUGCUUUGCUGGGAGGACCGGGGAGCUCCUGAUUUGACAGACAAUCGAUAAAAGAAGCGCUUUGAGCAAAAAAGAAUCCCAUUGCAUUAAGAACCGCUCAGUCUACCCCAGAGAUGCUUCCAG